UUUCCUAUAUAUCCAUCCAUCCAUCCUCUCUUUCGCCAUACCAAAACCAUUUCUACAUUCUAAUUCAACUAAUUCACAAGAACAGAGAAUCACAGAUCAUCUCCCAUGGCACCAGAAUUCCAUCACCUUCUCUUACUAACAUUUGGCAUCUUAGGUAACAUUAUAUCAAUUUGUGUCUACUUUGCUCCAGUGCCGACAUUUAUAGAAAUAUGUAAGAAGAAAUCAACAAUGGGUUUUCAAGCAUUGCCUUACAUAGUGGCUCUAUUCAGCGCCAAAGUGUGGAUGUAUUAUGCAUUGUUGAAAUCAAAUGCGAUCCUACUCAUAUCCAUUAACUCGUUUGGAUGUGUCAUUGAGACUAUCUACGUUAUUAUCUUCCUUCUUUAUGCUUCCAUACAGACUAGGAAACAAACAAUCAAGCUCCUAGCUUUCUUGAAUAUUGGAGUCUUUGGCUCAAUUCUUCUCUCCACUUUCUUCCUAGUGCCUUCUUUGUCCCGCGUCCGAGUUGUGGGAUGGAUCGCGGUCGGCAUUUCCAUUGCUGUAUUUGCUGCUCCUCUAAAUAUUGUCUUUCAAGUGGUGCGUACUCGAAGCGUAGAGUUCAUGCCAUUUACAUUAUCAUUCUCUCUCACAAUCAGCGCGGUAAUGUGGUUUACUUACGGUGUUCUUCUAUUCGACUGGUAUGUUGCGUUCCCAAACGUGAUCGGAUUCUUCUUGGGAUUGGUUCAAAUGGUGUUGUAUGGAGUAUACAAGAAUGGGAAGAAGGAAGGGGAAGAUCAGGAAAUAAUGAAGAAGGUGGCGGUUGCAGAGCAGCAUGUUGCGAUGAACAUGGUUUCAACGAUGGGUAAUCCUGAUCAGGUCCACCCGGUUGACAUGUCUUCAACACAUAGCGAUGAUGUUGAUACUAUUGACAUUAUUAUUGUUCAAGAAAGAGACGAUGUGAAUGAAAAUGAGAAUGAGAAAGCUCGUGUAAAUGUACAAGAGAGAAGAAACGAGAAUGUGGACCUUAAUUUCCAUGUUCAACAAGAAGAAAAAGGAGAUUUAUGCUCGGAAAUGAAGAAUUUGCAGAUAGCCGUGGCAGCUUAAUUGAUUGAUCAUUUCGUACCUAGUCUCUCUAGCUAGCUCUUUAGAUCUCUCCCAUACAGAGGGAGUUGACGGGCUAUAGAUGGUUGGAACUUGGAACGUACGGUUGAGAACAUGGCUCGAUCGAUGUUUAAUAAGCUUCUAAGUAGUGAUCGAUCAGCGCGUCACAUAUAUGUUACUUUGUUCUUUCAAUCUUUUGUUUUGGUCCCCUUUGUAAGAUCACUUGGUGAGUA